AUGGCGCCACACUACAACGACAGGAAGCGCUUUAUGCUGAAAGAGCGCGUGCUCUUUGGACAGGAACUGUGCAUCAAGUGUUUUGUCUGGAUCAUGGCGGACCCCUUCAGCUCCAACUCUGAGGACCUGAUCCAGCGUGUGAUAGAGGUCCCUCUGAACACUGCUGCUUCAGGGGACAAACUGGGAGAGCUUUAUCAAAUCAGCGAGACAUGUGAAUUCAUUACCAAGCAUGAUUUUAAAAAGAUUGCUCUCCAGUUUCCUGACAAUCUAUUGGUGGAUUCUGUUGCUGUUGCCUCUGAAAUAGAGGGAAACACAAAAGCCAAAGUGUACAUUUUGGGAGACACAUCCUAUGGCAGCUGCUGUGUGGAUGAGGUGGCUGCAGAGCACAUAGGGGCAGACUGCAUAGUGCACUACGGCAGCUCCUGUCUCAGUCCCUCCAAACGCCUCCCGCUGAUGUACGUCUUUGAGAAACGACCCAUUGAUGUGGAACAGUGUGCGGCCACUUUUAAGGAGCUGUAUCCGGAUCUGCAAAGUCACAUCGUCCUCCUGUUCGAUGUUAACUACGUUCAUGCUAUUGGGAAUCUCCGGACAGCCCUUCAGGUGGAAUACCCAAACCUCAUCUUCUCUGACCUGCUGAAAGAGGCCAUCCACAAAGCAGGGAAGAAAUGCUACAUGUUUGCAAUGGGGAAGCUGAACGUGCCGAAGCUGGCAAACUUUCUGGAAAUAGAUAUUUAUGUGUUGGUUGCUUGUCCGGAGAACUCCUUGAUAGAUUCAACUGAGUUUUAUAAACCUGUAGUGACGCCUUUUGAGAUGGAGGUGGCGUGUAAUCCCAACCGGGAGUGGACCGAGGAGUAUGUGACCGACUUCAGACAUCUGCUGCCAGGAGGACAAAGCCAUGUUCCUUUGGCAGAGCUGAAAGACUACGCUGAGGCUGACGUGUCCUUGAUUUCCGGGGCUUUGAGGCGUCAGUGUCUGGACUCUGAGUCGGACCUGGCUCCAGAAAGCUCCUCUGUGGUUCUCAGGAAUCAGACCAUGAGUGUAGCCAGCACCAACUCAGCAGCCUCUUUUCUGUCCGGGCGCAGCUGGCAAGGACUGGAGAAAAAACUAGGAGAAACGCCUGUCGUCAAAGCAGUGGAAGGCAGAAGAGGGAUCGCCAUCGCCUACGAGGACGAAGGAUCUAAAUGA